AUGUCGCUGCCGCCUCCCCAGAUUCCUCAUUGGCGGCAUGUCUACAGAGCACUUCUCAGAGAAUCUUCCUAUCUCCCCGAUCCAAUUGCUCGCGAAUACAUGUCCAAACAUGUCCGCGAGACCUAUCGAGCAUUCUGGCCAAGAGUAGUGCCAAACUCGUAUGCUGGGCCCAAUGGCCAGUUUUACCUGGAACGCCGGGCAAGAAAGCACCUCUCCCUUCUCUCCCGAGCAAACGAGGGAUAUUUGAAACCUCUACAACGAGUUUUAAUGUUGUCCUAUGGCCGACUCGGAAGACGACGACAUGUUCUGGCGCGUCCAUUCUUCGUACCGAAUUCCGCUCCAAACAAAAUUCCCUUUCGAUUUAUUAUCCCCCCGACAUGUCCACUUAAUUGGGAGCCUAUUCCCUCCCUAUCUGCGUUAAUGAACUCCCAGAUUGAGAACCACCACGUUCGAGAUAUCGCUGUAACGCCAGUAGUUCGGCAAAUCCCGCAACCAAAGAAGAGUAUCUGGGAUGGUCAUGUGUCAAGGAGAAAAGAGCAAAAAGCUACGGAAAAGUGGUACAACAUGAUCAUCAAAAGCAUUCUCCCUCCCAUUCCAGAUCAGGAAUGGAACAUCUUAUACAAUCUGGCAGUUGGCAAGGAGCCAUGGGCGUUGCCAAAGAGACGGAAACGACUAGUCACAAAUGAGGACGAAAGCGCUUUUGACGCUGAGUUCCUGGUCUUUGGUCCCCAGAAGGGCGACACAUUCGAACCAUACGUACGUGGAAGGCCGCAUAUAAUCACACGAAAACUCAUAACUCCGUUAUGGGAGCGGGUGCUUCUGGUGACCCCACGGAUGACACAGGAUCCAGAAAAUAAAAAAUGGGUAGUAUGCUGGGGAAAGCCGGUCAGAGAGGUUACCUACUUCCGAAAAUUGGAUCCUAAGAUAGGUAUUGGUUUGUCUUUGUUUGAUGGUGUUGAUAGCGUUACUGGAGCUUUGCUGAAGCCCAAAAUGGCGCGAAUACCGAAAGCAAUGGACCCCUCACCGUGA